AUGGGUACGUUCCAGAACUUAAAAUUCUUUGUUUUCCUGAUGAUGUGGAAAUAUUCCUUCUCAAAAAGUAGCAGCUCUUAUCUUCCCAUUGCUCAGUCAACGGAGUACAAAGCCAGUUAUGAAAGUUACGAGGGUCCUCCCCACCCCUUCCACUUCGGCUACGACGUGGUAGACGAGCACGGCAACAAGCAACAAAGACAAGAACAGGGGGACCAGCACGGCACAGUCAAAGGCAGCUACAGCUACACUGAUGCCCACGGGAUCUACAGGCACGUGGACUACGUGGCCGACCACUCUGGAUUCCGGGCGUCCGUCCAAUCCAACGAGCCCGGACUGGGGCAUGAGGAUCCGGCAGACGUGAAAAUGUCGGUCAAACCCCCGCCCCACCACAUCCUAGAGCAGCAGUACUCUGAUCCUAAGCUGUACCUCAAGGGUAGUUCCAGACCUGUCUAUAGGGAGGCAUCGUCACCGUAUGCUGCGUCGUCUCUGGUGCCGGUGCUUGUGGCACCAUAUGGCACGCCGCAUAGGUACGAAAGUGGCACCAACCAUUUGUACAAUUUUUAA